AAAACAUUUACAGCCUGCGGAGAUGGAUACGCUUAAACGGAACAGCCAUCCAUGCACGCAAUGCAUAUUGAUUGUAGGGUAAUACAAAUGCUUAGGACCAACAAUCUCUCCCAACCAGAAACCCAUAAAUAUCAAUGGGAAGGGUAAAGGGACCAAUUUUUCAUCUCCAUGGAUCGAAGGGGUAAUCUCUAUUCUUGAUUGUCGGACACCCGGCCUGUUGUAAUCUAAAACUCUUUCUCAUUUCCUGUGAUGAUAUUAUUAUGAUUGUCUGAGGAAGGGGAAAGAGUUUCCCGAAUUUAAUUUCUAGCAGGACUCAAUAGAUCGAGGAGGCAGAUCGAAGAAGAAGAAUUAAAAGAGAUCGAGCUAGCAGGAAGAGAAGGAUCGUCAGAUGGGGGUGCAAAGGGCUGCUGCUGCAAGCAAUGCCUAUUCAUGGUGGUAUGCCAGCCACAUUAGGACCAAACAGUCCAAGUGGCUUGAUCAUAGUCUUCAUGAUAUGGAGGAGAAGGUGCAAUGCAUGCUGAAAAUGAUAGAACAAGAAGGCGAUUCAUUUGCCAAGAGAGCAGAAAUGUAUUACAAAAGAAGACCAGAGCUCAUAAGCUCUGUUGAAGAAGCUUACCGCGCCUUCCGGGCUUUAGCCGAAAGGUAUAGUCAAAUCACUGCCUUUGAUGAAAUGCUUGCUAGUAACUUGCAGCUUCAUAGUCUUUAGACCCUUACAGUUGUGAUGUACAAAAAUAACAGGCCUAAUCUUGAUACGGAUUAGAAACUUAAACCAAUUCAAAACAUCACCAAAACGAGUUAGGAAUACUGACAAAUCUACUUUCCAUAUUUUAACAGGUAUGAUAAGCUAUCCAAAGACUUGCAUACUGCCAAUCACACCAUCGCUACUGUCAUCCCCGAACAAAUCCAGAUGGUGAUGGAAGAAGACGAAGACGACUUCUGUUCCCCGAAACUUUCCAAAAAUCCACAAGAUUCUCCUAGAUUCCCCAGAGACUCCAAGAAUCUCCAAGAAUCUGGCGGCCCAAAGUUCGCAAAGGCUCCAAAGAAGCCAUUUCAAACCAAGAAUCUUUCCAAUAAUGCAGGAGAUGCCGAUACAAAAGCCAAAUCCCUUGAAGAGAUUGAAAAUCUCCAGAAUGAAAUAAGUUCACUCGAAGCCGUAAAAGAGGUUGUGAGGAAUUCAUACGAACACGGGCUUUCAAAAUAUCAGGAGAUUGAGAAACAAAUAAUGGAAAUGCAGGAGAAACUUUCGCAUCUGCAAAAGGAAUAUGUGGUGACAAUGGAUGUCGAGAAUGAUAAGGCCGGGAACCUAAUAACAGAAACAACACUAAGAUCAUGCCAAGAGAGCUUGGCUCAGUUGCAGGAGAAGCAAGAUAAAUGCUGUAAAGAUUCUAAAGAGGAGACCCAAAAGAUUGAAGAUGCAGACAAGAAACUGAAAUUCCUCAAAUAUGAGUCACUUCAUGAUAAUAAUGACCACAUCAUGACAUCUGAAGAUGUAGACUCCAUGGAAAUUCAAACAGUUUCUGAACAAACAACAAAGAUUGAUGAGCUUGUGAACAAGGUACUUAAUCUGGAGAUCACAAUGGCUUCCCAGAUUGCCUUAAUCGAAAGAACAAAAACUGAAUCCAAUGAUCUCCAUGUCAAAAUAAGUAUAUUGGAAGAUGAAAAGGCAAAUCUCACCACGGAUAAACAAAAUCUGUUCGUCAGAGUUGAAGAACUGGAAGAACAAUUGAGGAAGCUUCAGAAUCUACACAGAGAAGUUGAGAAACAAAAUAGAAGUCUUCAAGCUCAACUGGCAGAAGCCCAUUCCUGUUAUGAUCAGUUGUGUGAGAGAUUGAAACCAGAUAACCACACAGUGAAACAUGUAACAUUUGCAGAUGAAAAAGAAUCUAACGGUUCAACACAAGAAAUAGCAGACACAGAAGCACACUGGGAGAAAGAUGAAAAAUUUAACUGGCAGAAGAUGUUGUUAAAUGGAGUGGAGGACAGAGAACAAGUUUUACUUAAAGAGUAUAUCGCAAUUCUCAGAAGCUACAAAGAUCUAAAGAAGAAAUAUGAUGAUAGGGUUGGGGGGUUUGAAAUUGAAUUGCAGAUGAAUGAUCUGAGAGGUGCCAUUGCAAAAAGAGAUGCAGAGAUACGUUAUUUACAUCAAAAAUUAAAUCUUUUUACCGAUGAAAAGAAGAUUGCUGAACCUGGAUAUGUUGUUAAAAAGGUCCGAAAAUCAAAGAGCAGAACUGGAAUUCCUUUAAGGGAAAUAAUCUUUGGAACCAAACCAAAGAAACACAGGACUUCUGUCUUUUCUUGCAUCCAAAGCCAUAAAUACGAGGCCAUGAAAGCUGGGAGUUCUUCAUAAAUCUUCUGUUUGUCCUUCUUCCUUCUGAAACUUUAACUUUAUCGGUAAUUCCUCUGGAGGAUAAAUGAAGACUUUGGGGAGACUCCUUCAUUUAAUUUUCUUUAUGAUUGGCACAGAAGUGAAACCAUAGUUAUCUCAUGAUGGCAUGGUAUAUAGAGAAAAUAAGUUAUUACUACUAUGUGAAAAAUUAAUGACCAAAAUAAGACGUAGAGAUUUUUAUGAGUCAAGAUUUCUGAAUCCUUGAAUCUCAUAAAAACUUGCACUUCCUAAAAACAUGUGACGCAUAAUGAAGUGAUAUACUCUCAGUAUUUUAAAGAAUGCUA